CCGAAUACUCUGACAUCCACAAAAAAGGAGUACAUUGAUUUCAAGCAUAUUGAUAUCGGAGAUAUCGUGAAAAAUAGUCUCUGAAACAAUGAUGGGAAAUGUUUAUUUCUUGUAAUUUAAUUAUGCUAAUCACGGAAAUUUCGUUGUAAGAAGAAAAAAGUUAAUUAUGUGCGACAAUAUAAAGGGUAACCCAUUUGCUGGGUUGUUUUCCACGGAUAAUGAUGCUGUCUCAUUCUCUUCACAGCAUCAGACAAUUGCUAAUGAAAAUGGUAAUACUAAUUAUACGAAUGAAUUGUUGGACACUAUUAAUAAUAAGUCUGAAAAUGAGACAGAAUCCACAAUUUUUGACGACAAAGUCAAUCAAUUCAUGGCACAUGUAUUUGGUUUGACGUUAUGUCAAAAUAGCAAUAGUCAUGCACAUGGAUCUCUGGUGUUCAUCGACACUGAUUCAAUUGAACAUGCAGUCUUCGAGCGCUUGAUGCUGUCAGAUCCUAAAUCUGCAGUACGAGAUAUUGUACAAGGUGCCGAUAGUCAUAUUCUAGAGACACAAGUUAUAACUUAUCUCUAUGAAUGUUAUUGUCGAUUAAAACAUUAUCAGGUUAACAGUGAUUUGGAACAGAUUAUGAGAAAUGCUUGUCAAAUUAUUCUGAGAAAUGUCAAUACAGCUUUACAGGAACCAGACUUGUUCCAAUAUCAGGAGGUUCACAGUCAGUUUGUUGCUUUAUUUACGGAUGAUAUUACAUCAAAGUCAGAGUUACCUUUAUUUGUUAAUGGUAUAAUAGAAGAAUUAAUAACGACAAACAGAGAAAGUGAUAUAGAAGAUAUAAUUAUAAAGUCAUUUGCUCCUGUGCUUGACAUUGUUCAUAAAGAGGCAGCUCAAAGUAAUUUAUUUACUUUUCGUCAACAGUGGUUUGUUUUACUGCAUAUAUUUUCCACUAUUGAAUCAUUGGCAAAGUUAAUAAUUUGUCAUAGCAAACCAAAAAAUAAUCAAGGUUGCGCAUAUUCAGAUACAUUAUUAGGUGCACUCUUCAACAUAAGCUGCUUACCAAAAACAACUAAAGAUCCGUAUGAUCUGUUUGAUAAACCUUUACAGCAAUCAAAUACAGUCAUGGAAGGUAACAUAUGGAUAGCUAUGAAUAGCCUAAAUGAACAGUUACACAAAAUUUUUCAUUCCUUACUGAAGUGCUCGACGGAAGUUCGUCAUUUGACUCUGCAAUGGCUGAGUAAUUGCCUUCAUAUGAAUGUAAAUAGAGGAAAACUUUGGAAUUCUCACAUGGAAGUAGGAUUACUUGGAGUAUUGUGUGUAUCAGAUGGUUUCAUGCUGAAUGUGGGCAAUGUAUUGCUGCGUCUUUGUCAACCAUUUUGUGUCAAAUCUAAUGAUACCAAAAUACCAAAAAUAGAUCCUACAUAUUGUAGUGCUGAGGCAAAGAAUGAAGCUGAGAGUUUACAAUGUGGUAUACAUAUGAAGGAUUUAAGUUCAGAAACAUGUUUGAUACCAACUCCAGAAGGAGAGAGUCGACCUAUAGCGAAUUCAUUUGGAUUUACAACAGAAUGUUUUUUCCUUACACAUCGUGCACUAGAUCUUGGUUAUAGAGUUAUACUCGAUAAAUUUUUAAGGAUAAAUCAAGAUUUAGCUAGGAUACAAAGAGCUUACAAUGAUGCUCGAGUUGGUGGUAGUUCAGAGGUGCUAGAGCUCAUAACGCAACGAAUGGAAACUGAGAUGACAAAAUACUUAUCUCUUAAAACGAGCCUUCUAGUGCCAGAAAUGUUGGAACACCUAGCAAAAUUUCAUGCAAUGACAGCAUUUUGGUUGAUACAAGUAAACUUAAAUAUCAUAACCGAAGGAGAGAACAUACAAAGCUUUGCGCCAAAACAAUUUAUACCUGUUACAUUCCCAUUACCAGAAACUGUUCCAAUUACACUAAGGUGCAUUCCAGAGUUUGUAAUAGAGAACACUAUUGGAUUUUUAUGUUUUUUACGUCGCUUUAGUCCGAAUACAUUUGAGGAACAGGGUUCGAGUUUUUUAAAUCCGAUUUUGACAGAAAUUAUAGUUCUGAUGGAAUCUCAACAUCGGCUGUAUAAUCCACAUUUACGCGCUCGUUUAGCCGAAAGUCUGGAGGCACUUUUACCGACUACAGAUGAGAGCGUUGUUCCAGCAAUACCCAACUUAGGAACUUUCCAUAGAGAACAGUUGUUUCUCUUUCAUCCACACAGACAACAAAUAAUUCCUAAUUUGCUGCAAGUGUUUGUAAGCAUCGAAAUGACAGGACAAAGUGUACAAUUUGAGCAGAAAUUCAAUUAUCGUCGUCCGAUGUAUAUUGUGAUGGAUUACUUAUGGAAACUUGAUGAGCAUCGCAAUAUUUUUAUUAUUUUAGCUAAAGAGGCGGAAAACAACAUGGAAGCAGUUCAGCCACCACUAUUCUUACGUUUCAUUAAUCUAUUAAUGAAUGAUGCUGUAUUUCUCUUGGAUGAGGCUUUAUCAAAUAUGGCACAAUUAAAACAAAUGAUCCAAGCUAGGGAAAGCGGAGAAUGGAAUAAACUACCGCCAAAUGAACGCGAACAGCAAGCAGGCUAUCUUCAACAUAUUGGUAUGAUUGCACGUUUUGAUAAUAUUCUGGGCAGAAAAACUAUACAAACAAUAAAAAUGUUGACCACUGAAAUAAAAUCAAUUUUUUGUCACCCAACAAUGGUGGAUCGUAUUGCUUCUAUGCUUAAUUAUUUAUUAUUGCAAUUGGUGGGGCCAAAUAAAAAAAAUCUUAAGGUGAACGAUCAAAAAGAAUAUGCAUUUAAUCCUGCAAAUUUGGUACUGAAUAUAUGUGAGAUCUAUAUUAAUCUGAGCAAAAAUGAAAGCUUUACAUUAGCCGUGUCGCAAGACGGACGUUCUUACAGUCCAGAACUUUUUAAACUUGCUGAUAAUGUGCUUGUUCGUAUUGGUGGUGUGGGAAUACUGGGGGAUUUGGAUCAAUUUGCAAAGAGUGUGGAAAAAGCUGCAAAUCAAAAGCGAGAGGAAGAUGAAAUAUUGAUUGGUAUUCCCGAUGAAUUUCUGGAUCCAAUCAUGUCAACUGUUAUGACAGAUCCUGUAAUCUUACCAUCAUCAAAAAUAACUAUCGAUCGUCAAACUAUAGCAAGACAUUUAUUGAGUGAUCAGACUGAUCCUUUUAAUCGAUCUCCUCUUACUAUGGAUAUGAUAAAAUCAAAUGUCGAACUUCAACAAAAAAUACAAGAGUGGAUUUCGCAAAAGAAACAAGAAAAGUUAAAUGCUACGUAAUUUAUCGUCAAUUAUUAUUACAUUACAAUAGAACAACAUCGAAUUAUAAGCAAUCUUUGAGAUCAACAUUGUAAGGCAUCAAAACAAUACAUAUCGAGGAUAAAAAUUGUUAAAGAAAAUUUUCCAGUAAUUAAUUCUAAAUGAAAUAUAAAUUUAGAUAUGUAUUUCAUUGCGUUUUACAUUGUUGCAUUACGAUUUUAUUAUUCGCUGAUGUUCGAUUUGUUAACAAUAAUAGACAAACAAUUUUUGCAUACAAAUUUAACAAUGUAAUUAUGUACAGGAUUAUAAACUAGUUUAAAAUUAU